AUGCUGGACCCUAAAGACCGUGGAGUGACAAUGACGCCCAGUCACAAAAUUUCAUUUUCUAUUAUUGAUAUUUUGGAUCCGAACAAAUUCAACAGCAAAAGGGGAAACGAACUUCCCAUCGUCAAAGAGAAGUUCUCUGUGCCACAUGAGGAGGGAACAAGUUUGGAGUCGGACAGCUCUGCAGGAGGAGACUUCAGAGUGGAGCGCACGACAGCAGGUGAGGAGACAAGAGUUGAAAACUCUGCAGCUUCCAGGCAUCAUGCAGUCGUUGCUGACCCCCUCCUGCUCUCCCCACCGGCUGACACAGAGCCCUGUCUCCCCGGAGAGCAGGAUGUGGAGUCAGCCGUCUCCCUGCAGGACCCCUCACCGCACAAGCGGCGGCGCACGGACCAGGCCUGCGCCAAACCGCGACGCGCCAGAACAGCGUUCACGUACGAGCAACUGGUGGCUCUGGAAAACAAGUUCCGUGCGACUCGGUACCUGUCUGUGUGCGAGAGACUAAACCUGGCCCUGUCCUUGAGUCUGACCGAGACCCAGGUGAAAAUCUGGUUCCAGAACAGGAGGACCAAAUGGAAAAAGCAGAACCCCGGGGCGGACAGCACCUUGCAGCCCGGUUCCAACUCCCUGGUCAGUCCAAACCCGCCCACCUGUGGGACAAGCCCCGCCAGCUUCCACCAAACUUUCCCCAGCUUCAGCUCUGGGAAUGUCAUCUUCCACCAUGCCAGUGGAGUUCCGCUUUCAUCCACUGGGGGGCUCUUGCAUCCCUUCAUGUCCAGUGGUUUUGUCCAGCCAAAUUAUUUUAAUCCACAUCUAUGA